AAAAAAAAAUCCAAUGGACCAACUGAAAAAGUCACUCUCUCUCAUCGUCACUCAAUCGGAGCAAAAGUCUUACGCUGAAUCGCUCUUGCCUGGAAAAUGGAACUGUAAUGAGAUAUCAUGUAAAGAAAGCAAAUAUUCUCUGCUUUCUUCUCACAUUUAUGGCUUCUCUCCUCUGUUUCUUCCUCUUCUUCGUUUUUGCUGGUUUCUCACCUGCCAACGCUGAAUUUAAUUCAACUUUUACCCCCAUCAAUCGCGAUCUCUACCAUUCAAGUACCGCGUUGUUAGAGCAGAUAAAGGCAUUGGCUCAUCGUCACCCAGACAAACUCACUGUAGAGACGAUUAAAACCGAAAACAAAGGUUACCGCGCAGAAAUUACAGUAGCUACUUUUUGCAGUAGUAGUAGAGGGAGUGAUGACAGGUCAAAAUUUCGAAUCCUAAUUAGUUUCGGGCAGCAUGGUAGGGAGCUCAUUACAUCUGAACUUGCAUUGCGGAUCUUGUCAAUCCUAAGUGAGGAACAGUUUCUGCCCAAUACAAAUCCAACCUCCUUAAACAGUACUCUAGACAAGCUUGUCAUAAAGGUGGUACCUCUGGAAAAUUUGAAUGGCCGCAAACUCGUUGAAGGAGGAGAUCUGUGUGAGAGGAGAAAUGGAAGAGGAGUUGAUCUCAAUCGGAAUUGGAGUGUUGACUGGGGCAAAAAGGAGAAGGAUUUUGAUCCAAAUGAAGAAAACCCUGGGAUUGCACCUUUCAGUGAGCCUGAAACUCAAAUAAUGCGGAAACUUGCCCUAUCAUUUGAUCCUCACAUAUGGGUUAAUGUGCACUCUGGAAUGGAGGCUUUAUUUAUGCCGUAUGAUCACAGGAACACAACCCCUGAUGGGUCACCCUCACAGCGGAUGAAGACAUUGCUUAGUGAACUGAAUCAAGUUCAUUGUCACAAGCAUUGCAUGAUUGGUUCUGGGGGAGGCUCUGUUGGGUAUCUUGCACAUGGGACAGCAACAGAUUACAUGUAUGACAUUGUAAAAGUUCCUAUGGCUUUCACCUUUGAGAUAUACGGGGAUCCAACGGCAUCGUCAAAAGACUGCUUUAAAAUGUUCAAUCCGGUUGACCUCGCUGCCUUCAAUAGAGUUCUCAACGAUUGGUCUGCUGCCUUUUUCACUAUAUUUAAAUUGGGACCCCUCCAACUGGAUGAGGUUGGAUCAAAGGCUUCCACAGCCAAUUUGGACAAGUGGGUAUCCAUAGAUGAAUAUCUUGAUGGGUACUUAAUGGAGAGGAGAAACAGAUAUGGUAAGAAGAUGGAGGUGCUAGAUCUUGGGAUGCAGGAGAUAAGAACAUACUUUAGGCUCUUCUUGCUAUCCUCAGUCCUGUUGUUUAUCAUGUUUUGUUCUAGAAUUUCAAAGGGCAAGUCUGGUAGACCUAUUGUCUCAGCCAUUGCCCUCUGACCUUGUAUAUUGACAGGCAGUAGUUUGUUUUAUGAGUGAGAGAGACAGAUAUGUAUUGCAUUCUUUAGAGAAGGGAUUUUGAUUUGUGUAAUUAAACUUCAUAUAGGAUUUUUUUUCCCAUUUUCCAACACAUCUUGAAUGAAUUGCAACGAUAUUGAAGGAGUUA